CAAUAUCUCUCGAGCUUACUCUGCACCAGGAGCUACUCUGACUUCGAAGGUCCUGCUUUGCUUCUCAGACUAAGCUUUGUGCGCUUUAGCUUUCGCUCGCUCGCUGUUUUGUCAGUAUGCAGUUUUUGGCCAGUCUAGUGUCUCUUUUGCUGGUGCUGUACAGUGUCAGAGCUGCCGCGUUGCUUCCACUGGAGGAGAGGAACCCAGUGCACAGUAGGGAGCUGAGCAAGGAACGUAAGGAGUUGAUCCUGAAGUUGGUCUCUGGGCUGCUGGAUGGAGUAGACAACAACAUGCUGCCCGGGGAGAUGGCACCUGCCCCUAUGGACAUGGAGGAGCCCCUGGAGUCCCGUCUGGAGGAAAGGGCCAUCUACAAUCGGUUAUCACAGCUUCCACAGCGCGAUCGCAAAGCCCCCUGCAAAAACUUCUUCUGGAAGACCUUCACGUCGUGCUAACAGCACUAGCCCAGCAGCGGUUCUGCAAUUCUCCCCGAUAAAUGACAUGAACUGUGUAAACCUUGUACAUACCAUCUCCAGUGUCUGAAGAAGGGUCUCUCUGGACUUAAUCUGACAGAGUCUGGUUGUUAAAGACAUUGAUGAUUAUAUUUAUUUAUUUGAUUUAUUUAUUGAUCAAUUCAUUAAGCUAUUUAUGGACAUUUUUUGUUUUUUAGCAUUAAAAAAAGAAGAAAGCAUGGUUAAUAUAUUAGCCUUUUUUGAUAAAGGAUGUCUCAUUCACUGUGAUCUGAUGAAUAAAUAUAGAACUGAUAGAUUUAAGUUGAUGUAUUAUUAAUACAGAUAAAUGUUUUCCUGAAUGAAUGGACCACAUAUUCGUUACAGAAUCGUUUAAUGGCAUUUGAUGAGUAGUGGUUGAUUGACGCUUAAUAUACCAAAUUAAUGAAUUGACAGUUUUUGUGGUGGUACUGAUUUUUCCUUGUCAUUGAAUUAUAUAUAAUUGCAGCUAAUGAAAGUGUUUGUAUGAGGUCAUUAUUCGGGACUGAAUCCUUGUGUAAUAAUUAUUGGCUGGUAAAUCAAAGCCAACAGAUUAUAUUUUUAUUGUGUUUAGUCACAGUUGUCCAAAAUAUUAAGCUUGUAUACACAUGUGAUAUCAACACAGCCGAAGACGGUCUAACUUUAACAGGAAAAUCAUUUUACCUACAUAAUGUUGGUGUGAAUUCAUUGCUUUUUACCUUCAAACAGUGUGUAAUUAUAUAUUCUGAAACACGGUUAUGCAAACUGUGUCUGUAUAAGUGACCAUAUACUUAUUAUACAAGCCUACUUGUUAAAUGUGUGUAUUAAUCAGCUGACGUAAGGCAUGACUUGGCCUAGUUCUUUCAUUUC